AUGGCCUCUAACUACUGCCGUAAUGAGCAAUUAUCAGUGCCAAAUCGUGGUGGGUGGUGGGUGGAGAUUUUGGGCCAUCUAGAUGGAGUAAAUGCAUGGCUGAGAAAAGAGAGCUAUGAAAACAAAACUUUAUGGAAACAAAAGCUGAGGACAAGAGGCGGUGCUGUCCAAUUAACAAUCAUCACAAACUAUGGUAGUGAUAAUGGCUAUGGGCCGGGUAGUGGAGGUGGAGGCUACGGCAAUGCCAAUGGGAAUGCUGUGGGCCAAGGUGGUGGUGUUGGCUGGGGUGGCGUUGGAGGGGAUGACCACUUUGGAGGUGGGUUUCGCUGGCGUGGUAAUGGUGGAGGUAUGGCUCGGGUUAUGGUGGUGGCAUAG